AUGGCCGAAAUCGUAUGUGUAAAUGAUACUAUGCACAAUACAAUGCUGAAAUAUACUGAGCGGAGUUUAGCGACUUGCAAACACCAAGAGAAUUUAAGUUCGAAGACAACACAAAUGACGGUGAACUAUGAUAGUCAAGUAGUUCUGCAUAUUAUAUGCAAUCUAUUUUUAGAGGACAACUUAUUGAGGUUCAUCAUGGAGAAGAUUGAUUGA